AUGGUUACGUCGAGUCAAAACACUCUAAAGGCACGUAGACAGAGACGCAGCUAAACGUGUGCAAGCGAGACUUUUACUUGUCGUUCAGUUUCCAUUGCUUCACGGGUUGUUUCCAAGAUGUCAGCAGCUCCAGUUCAGAGACUAUUUUUUGGCAGCACUCAGGAGAGGAGACUCUUUCCCCUCCAUUAUGCGCCAGACCGGCUAGGAAACCAAAUGUCACGACAGGAAGCGCCACAUGUCGGCCCUGGCUGCUAUGACAACCAUGAGUUUGGCACCAUUAUGUAUAAUUCAAAGAAGACACCGGGGAGUAAGAAAGGAUAUGGGCUUUCUGCAAGGACUGCAGCACGCUUUCCUCCCUGUAGCAAUACAGCGACUCCUUCACCACAGCAUUACCAGCAGAUUCAAAGCUGGUCCACAGUCUCCCCUCCUAGCAAAAUACCUUUCAACUCAAACACACAACGGUUCAAAACCAUGUCACGUACAGCUGAGGACAGCCCAGGCCCUGGGACCUACACUCAUGACACAGUGACAAACAGGAAAGUGAGCUGGCCGAUGUGCUUUGGCAGCCCGGACUGGUCCAGACUGCCUCAACUGGAGAAGAGGUCACUCGGGGUGAAGCUAAACAAUGACAAGGAAUUCCUGAAGCAGAGGAGCAGACUGGCCUAUCUAAGUUUGUACUAUUAACCCUAAAGCUCUGGAUGAAAACCCACCAUGACACA